AUCUGGUAGGAGCUUGUGAAAGGCAGACAUGUGGUACUUUAUCAUCGCCUUAGUUUUGGGAUCCACUGUUUGUGUCCAAGGACAACAAAACUGUAUAAGUAUUUUCGGAGAAUCGAAUUGUCCACAAGGGCAGCGCUGUGUCAAUAAUGUAUGCAGGCCAGACGGUGGUACGGAGUGUUCCACGAGUAUCCCAUGUCCUAAUCCACGAGAUAGAUGUCUAAACGGAAGAUGUGUGCGAGACAAUUCCAACACAUGCUCCCAGUUAAAUCCAUGUCCAGAUCCGCGAGAUAUAUGUCAAAAUGGAAGAUGCGUACCAGGAAAUACCAACAUUUGUUCCCGGUUAAAUCCUUGCCCAAAUCCUCUAGAUCUGUGUCAAAAUGGAAGAUGUGUACGAGGAAAUCCAAGCAUAUGUUCUGAGUUCAAUCCAUGCCCAGAUCCACGAGAUAGAUGUCGAAAUGGAGUAUGUGUACCAGGAAAUUUGGAUACCUGCUCCCCGAUAAAUCCAUGUCGCGAUCCUAGAGAACGGUGUCAAAAUGGAAGAUGUGUACGAGGAAAUUUGGAUACCUGCUCCCCGAUAAACCCAUGUCGUGAUCCUAGAGAACGGUGUCAAAAUGGAAGAUGUGUACGAGGAGAUAUCCGUGAAUGCUCCUUGAAUUUACCAUGCCCAAGUGCCUUUGAAAGGUGUGAAAACGGAAGAUGUGUACCAGCAAUGCAAGGCGAUGGAUGUAGAGAAUGUCAGCUUGAUCCAGAUAGCGCUUGUGAAAAUAACCGUUGUGUGAGGAGACCUGGAGCUUCUUGUCGACUGGGAGGUCUACGUUGUUCAGCCGGGUACACAUGCAUAGGAGGAAUCUGCUCUAGAAGGACCUCAAGUGGAUGUAACCCAUUUGAGUGUGAAUCAACUCCAGGCAACAUGUGUGAAAUUAACCAAUGUGUGAGACGACCAGGAGCAACAUGCCGACGGGGAACAAACUCUCGACCAUGUUCAUCUGGUUAUAGGUGUAGAGAAGGAGUGUGUACCAGAAGUUCACAAAGCGGCUGUAAUCCACGGCAGUGCGAGUCUACACCUGGUAGCAUUUGUGAAAGGAAUCAGUGCGUGAGACAACCAGGAGCAAGAUGUCAACGAGGAGGAAACUCUCAGCCAUGUUCAUCUGGAUAUAGAUGUAGAAAUGGAAUCUGUUCCAGAGGUUCCCAAACCGGUUGCCUUGAUUGUGGAUUUCAUCCCGGAAGUAUCUGUGAGAAUGAUCGGUGUGUGAGACAACCUGGUGCAACAUGCGGAGGACUCAUCACUGAGCCCUGUUCAUCUGGUUUUGUUUGCAGGGAAGGCUUUUGUUCUAAUGGGAUUGUGGAUUACCCAGCUUGCCUAGAGAAUAGAAACUGUCGACCUAAUGAACGCUGUCGAGAAGGAUUCUGUGUUCCAGAUGACAUAACCCCUACACAGUGUAGAUCAAGCAGAGAUUGUAGAAGUGGAUUCCGAUGUGAAAACUAUUUCUGUAUUCCUGAUGGAUCUCAGUCACAACAAUGUUCAAAUCUGAAUCCCUGUCCAAGUGGUCAACGCUGUAGGCGAGGCAUUUGUAUUAUAGACUCGACAACCUGUGAUGCUUGGAGGCCAUGUCCAGGUGGACAGAUAUGUAGAAAUGGGCGAUGUGAAACAGGUCAAAGUAUUCGUUGUGACCCUGAACGUGGUCCCUACUGUGGCAGGGGUUAUAGAUGCCAGAAUUCUCAGUGUGUACGUAGUGACUUAGCAGAGUGUGGUAGUCAGAGACCAUGCCAACAAGGAUAUCAGUGCCGUUUAGGAAUCUGUGUCAGAAGGGUGACAUCUCCCUCUCCCUAUCCAUCUACGACUAGAUGUCAAUAUAAUGGUGAAUGUCCAACUGGCCACGAGUGCUUAGGAAGUGGAGCGCAAAGACGUUGUGUACCAGUGAUUGUUUGAGAUAACAGAGUUGGGCGGAGUUCAGGACACAGUAUCAGGACUAAUGGAUUUGAACACUCGUCAUCGAUUGAAUUGAGCUGUACUUGAAUACUGUGAUGAUAGAGAAAAUAAAUUCAAUAGAUAUA